GUGAGGUAGUAGAUAUAGAUUUGUUGAAUAAUUAUAGGGGAUAGGGCAGCUCAGCCUUACUCAGGCAUCGUGUCUUUGGAACGCCGAGGGACAGAUGCCCACAGAUCUGUCAGUGAUCUCAUCCAGAGUCUGUGUAGGACUGGCAUGGGUAAUCGGACUCGGAACUUAAAAUAGGAUUGGCCCAGUCAUGCUGCCUCAAUUCUCAAGUCCCACUCCUAAUUGUCUCGUAUACAUUCAACAACGGCGGCGACUGUUCCGUUUCUGGGAACUUGCGCAUUGGGAGCGGAAGGUGCAGGUGCGGCGGGCAGCGAGGGUCUUGCGACUACGUGGGAGUGUGCCGAAGGAGGGGGUACAUAGUUGUCCCUUGACUCUAGACCGGAGGGCUAGACCCGAGGUCUCUUCAACACGUUCUUGUCAAGCUCAGGUCAAACUUUCCUUGACCGUCUCUCUCUCUCUCUCUCAUCGGUCUCCUCUCUUUCUUCGAUCGGUGCAAGAUGAUGUGGAAUUUCAGCCAUGCUGCGCGGACGCCCAGUAUCCCGAUGCUGAUGCGCCAAAUGUGGGGUAGAUCGAGUGUACCACACCAUCCACAGCACCACCGAUCUUUCAGUACCGGCGCGCCGACGAGUUGGCCACGCAACGUCUCUAGUGGGUCAAGAGCGACAAACACGCGGCCGAUGGCGAUGCCGGCCCCUGCAUCAUUCAUAAACUCUCCUCCUGUAGAAUACAAGUACGAACCCAGUCCGCACACCUUGCUUUCUGUCCCGGUGCACGAGCAUUGCCACCACCGAAGCUCCCAGCGGCAGCAUUCACAUUCGCAUUUGCAAUCGCACAGCCAGAAGCGGCACAGCCACCACAGCCAUAGCCGUCCGCAUACGCCGGCACUUCGGCCAGCCCAGAUCGUCAUCUCCGCACCACCGCCGCAACAUCAAGUUUUCCGUAAACUACACAAGCAGCAGCAGCCGGUCUACCAUGUCGUGUCGAAACCACAUACUCACGCGCCCGUGCCCGUGCCCUCCGUCCCGCUCAUGCCGCCCAUCCACCCGAACUUCAUGUACUCGCGAUGUACUGGCCGACGUAAAGCCCUGUGUAUCGGAAUCAACUAUUUUGGUAGCCCGCAAGAGCUGCGGGGGUGCAUCAACGACGCCAAGAACGUGUUCCAUUUCCUCGUCCGACACGCGUCGUAUCGCCCCGAGGACAUCGUGGUGCUCACAGAGGAUGCGCGCGACAACUGCUCGCUGCCGACGCGCAGGAACAUGAUCGAUGCAAUGCAUUGGCUCAUCAAGGACGCGAAACCACACGAUGCCCUGUUCUUCCAUUAUUCUGGACACGGCGGCCAGACAAAGGAUUUGGAUGGAGAUGAGGUGGAUGGAUAUGACGAAGUUAUCUUUCCGAUGGACUUUCAGCAAGCAGGACAGAUUGUAGACGACGUGCCCCUUCUUCCUCUAUUUGUUUUCCAGCUUGUGCUUAGUAUGUUCAGGAAAUGCACGACAUAA